GCCCUCGCGGUGGCCGCCGGUUCGCCGCUUGCUGCCCGCAGGUUCCAUUGAGAAAAGCCGGGCGGCGGCGGCGGUGUCUGCGCGGGAGCCGAAGAGCCGGCACCAGCCCGCCGCCCGCCCGCUGGGCAGUCCGCGCGCCCGAGCGCAGGGCCGUGGCCUUCGGCCUCCGCGGCGGCGCCAGCGGCUCCCAGCCGGGCGCGGCGGGCUGGGGGCACGAGCCCGGGCGGCCGUGGAACCCGGGAACCGGGGGCAUGAGCGACCCCGCGGCCCCGCCGCGCCCCCGCCGCCCGCCGCCGCCCGUCAGGGGCUAGAGGCGGCCGCCGCGAGGGCGCGCGGCGCCGGAGACAUGUCCAGGAGGAAACAGAGCAACCCCCGGCAGAUCAAGCGUUCCCUCGGAGACAUGGAGACCAGAGAGGAGGCCCAGGCCAUGGACACCAGCCUCAUGGAGCAGGAGGCCCCGGCACCAGAGCCCCAAGCCCCAGAGGAGCCCAGGCCCCCAAGUCCAUCCAGCACAGACACGAAUCCGCCCCCAGCGCCAGCGACCCCCACGUCCCCAGGAGGCCCCGAGGAGAUGGAGGAGCAGGAGCCAGAGACCAGGCCCCAGGAGGCGGCCCUGGCAGCAGCCAGCCCCUGGAGUGGGCCAGAGGAGUUGGAGCUGGUGCUGCAGGACCGGCAGAGGCGCGUGCAGGCCCGGCUGGGCCUCGCCCAGGGCCUGUCCUGGGGCCCCUUCCACGGGAGCAUCCAGACCAGAGCCUCUUCCCCCCAGCAGGCAGAACCGGGCCCGGCCCUGACCCUGCUUCUGGUGGACGAGGCCUGCUGGCUGAGGACACUGCCCCAGGCCCGGACAGAGGCCGAAGCCAACGCAGAGAUCUACAGGAAGGAUGACACCCUCUGGUGCAGGGUCACCAAGCCAGUGCCUGCAGGUGGACUCCUGCGUGUGUUCCUCGUGGCUGAGCCCUGCAGUCCCGCCGUGAAGGAGGAGCCCGCAGAGCCCGAGUGUCCGGCCCCGGUGCACACUGACAUCCAGCUCCUGCCCCAGCAGGCCGGCAUGGCGUCCAUCCUGGCCUCUGCAGUCAUCAACAAGGACGUCUUCCCCUGCAAGGACUGUGGCAUCUGGUACCGGAGCGAGCGCAACCUGCAAGCCCACCUGCUGUACUACUGCGCCAGCCGCCAGAGUGCGGGCUCCCCAGCCACGGCCGCCACCGAGGAGAAGCCCAAGGAGGCCCACCCCAACGAGCGCAUCUGCCCCUUCCCCCAGUGCCGCAAAAGCUGCCCCAGCGCCAGCUCCCUGGAGAUCCACCUGCGCAGCCACAGUGGAGAGCGGCCUUUCGUGUGCCUCAUCUGCCUGUCAGCCUUCACCACCAAGGCCAACUGCGAGCGCCAUCUCAAGGUGCACACAGACACACUCAGUGGUGUCUGUCACAGCUGUGGCUUCAUCUCCACCACAAGGGACAUCCUCUACAGCCACUUAGUGACCAACCACAUGGUCUGCCAGCCGGGCUCUAAGGGUGAGAUAUACUCUCCAGGGGCCGGACAUCCAGCUGCCAAGCUGCCCCCAGAGCCUGGCCCCAGCCUGAGAAGCCACCCCUGUGGUCACCUUGCAGACAGUCUGGCCAGUAUCCAGCAGCACUCAGCUCCACGUGGCUCCCGGGCCUCAACCGACCUAGGCCUGGCACCCACCCCAUCACCAGGACAGGACAGAAAGGUUCUGGCUGAGGCCACCAACGGAGAGGCCAGAGUGGCCCCCCAGAAUGGUGGCAGCAGUGAGACCCCCGCGGCUCCCAGGAGCAUCAAGGUGGAGGCAGUGGAGCCAGAAGUAGCCCGUGCUCCAGCCCCUGGAGAGCCAGGGCCCCAGGCUCUGUCGCGGACGCCAUCACCGCACAGCCCCACUGCAACCAGGGUGAAAGCAGAGCUGUCCAGUCCCACACCCGGCUCCAGCCCAGGACCCGGUGAGCUGGGCCUGGCUGGAGCGCUCUUCCUGCCGCACUACGUGUUCGGGCCAGAUGCGGCCGCUCCCCCAGGCGCGCCGCAGGCCUCGGAGAUCCUGGCCAAGAUGUCCGAGCUGGUGCACAGUCGGCUGCAGCAGGGUGCGGGCGUGACGGGGACACCAGCUGGCCUCUUCGCCGGGGCCAAGGGCGCCACGUGCUUCGAGUGCGAGAUCACCUUCAACAACGUCAACAACUUCUACGUGCACAAGCGGCUCUACUGCUCCGGCCGCCGCCCGCCCGAGGACGCACAGGCCGCACGCAGGCCCAAGGCGCCCCCGGGUCCACCGCGGGCCACCCCCGGCCCGCCCGCCGAGCCCGACACAACACGCUCGUCGCCGGGCCCCGGGACACGUGAGGACGAAGCGGGCGGCGCCGCCACGCCCGAGGCCGAGGCAGCCGGCCGGGGCAGCGAGGGCAGUCAGAGUCCGGGCAGCUCGGUGGACGACGCAGAGGACGACCCCAGCCGCACACUGUGCGAGGCCUGCAACAUCCGCUUCAGUCGCCACGAGACCUACACGGUGCACAAGCGCUACUACUGCGCUUCGCGUCACGACCCGCCACCCCGCCGGCCGCCAGUACCAGCGCCGGCGCCCACCCCGGGGACCGGGACGCCCGCGCUGACCGCGCCGCCCGUGCGCACGCGCAGGCGCCGCAAGCUGUACGAGCUGCACGCUGCGGGUCCAGCUCCGCCGGCGACAGGCCCCGCCCCCGCCCCACCGGGUCCCGCGCCGGAGCCGCCCGCCUCGCCGCGGCCCGGAAGCGGAACAACCGCGGGCCCAGCCCCCGAGCCGGCGGCCGAUGGCCCCAUUGACCUGAGCAAGCGGCCGCGGCGCCAACCCCCAGACGGCCCGGCGGCUGCGUUGCCCGCGCUGGCCGACUACCACGAGUGCACGGCGUGCCGCGUGAGCUUCCACAGCCUCGAGGCCUACCUGGCGCACAAGCAGUACUCGUGCCCCGCCGCGCCGCUGCGGCCGGCCGCCGCCUGCCCCUACUGCCCCCCAAGCGCGCGCGCCCGCGGCGACCUGCUGGAGCACCUGCGCCAGGCGCACGGCCUGCGCGUGACCCGGCCCGAGCCCAGCGCGCCGGACAGCCCGGACGGCCGCGCGCCGCGCUCUCCGUCCCCGCCUGCGCCCCCGGCGGAUCCCGCUGACCCGGGCGCAGCGACGCCCGGCAAGGGCCCACCCGCGACCCAGGCGCCCAGCCACCGCUACUGCCGCCUAUGCAACAUCAGGUUCAGCAGCUUGUCCACCUUCAUCGCGCACAAGAAGUACUACUGCUCCUCGCACGCUUCCGAGCACGUGAAGUGAGCCGGCCGCGCAGACCCAGGCCUUGUGGACCCGGGCGCUCAAUAAAGACGUUCGCUGUGAGCAGCGCGCUGGCCGCGGGCCUGGUUCUCUGAGCACAGUCCCCGCAUCCACCCCCAAUGCCCGGAGAAAGAGCUCGAGCCUAACUGGGCAUGGGCCACCCUGGGGUUCAGGGUAUGGCAGUGCACUGGAAGGCUGCAGCCCGGUGCUUGCCCAGGCCCAAAGCGUCAGCCUCUCCAGCACCACCUCCAACCCACUCUGCUUGAGCUAAGCCCUGCACAGGCCAAGAGUGGACGCGGCAAUGCUGGGCUGAACACGUUCUGGCCACAGCUUUGCAGCUGGGCAGCCAGGAAUGCCCUCCAGCCUGGUGUAUCUAGGAAACGAAUACACCCCUUCUCUACCAACUCUGCUG